AUGGUUGUCGGCGGCGGCCGUGCAUCUCCGGACAUAGCGGCGCAGCGCGGGCGCCUUGCGUCCCUGUUGUCGAGGCAGCUGCUGUCGCAAUCAUCAUACCCCGCCGCCGCCGCCGCCGCGGCCGUCGCCGCAGCAGCUCCGGCGCCGGCCGGGCCGACAGAUCCCGUCAAGGAGUACGGCACCCAGGAGGAUGCCCCCGGAGAUUCGCAUCGGAGAGGAUCACCUUCGCCAACGCCGGAGCCGCAACAGCAGCAGUGGCAGGGGCUGCUUCCUGCAGCGGACGUUAGCGGCAGUGCGGUUGGGGGGGGCCCCAGCGGCGCCGCUUGCCGUACGGUGACGGCGGCGCCGGCGGCCACAGCGCCAUCUGAGAUCUCCUUCCGCCGUACCCCGGCGGCCGGUGCUGGUCGUCAGGAUGAGGAGGCGGCGGAGGCGGCAGCAGCUGCCGCAGGGGUACGUUUGGCUCUGGCGACAGGUUUGUCGCCUCUGAGAGCUGCCGCUUCUGGCGCCUUCGACGACAACACUGUCCGCUCCUCCGGCGAGGGAAGCUGUAGCGGAGGCAGCGGCAGCGGCGGCGGCGGCGGCAGUGUCAGCAGCCCAGAUGAUAUCGAUUAUGAAGCGGGACGUGAUGACAGCACCGCCGGUGGCGGCAGCGGCACCGCCGCCGCGGCUGCGGCGGCACUUUGGCGCGAGGGUCGCACUGCCGCCGCUUCUGCAAUGGCGGGAACUAGAGCCACCCAGGGCAGUAGCGACAAUGGCACGCCACAGUGGGUUGGGGCCGUUCCCUCCGUCAGCGGCGGGUGGGCCGACCGGUGGCAAGGCGGCGGCGGCGGCGGCGCCACCAGAGCCGGCGAAGUCAGGGGCGCGGGCCGCGCCAGCGGCGGCGCACCACGCCGGGGCGGGCUGGGGCAGCCCUCCUCGUCGUCACUACCUGAGACGCCCGCUACUGCGAUGGGUCAGUUGUACGUUCCGCCCCCAGUCGUCUUAGCGCCCCUCUCCGCCUCGCCACGGGCUGCUUACAACAUCAGUCUCUCCCGCGCCCACGCCUACUUUCACCCCACCGCUGCCGCGGCGUAUGGCACCACCGCUACGAUGCUUACCGCUGCCGCUUCGGCGGCGCCGCCAUCGACGGCAUCGGUCGCCGCCGCCACAUCUGCUCCUGAUUCAGUGGCCCCAGUUGCGUCGCCUCCGCCGCGGCUGUCCCUUCCCGGCUUGGCUGGCUGGCUGCCGGAAGGUACCCCUUCAGCGGAGCAGGUGCCGUUUCCGGGCCCCGUGGCGACGGCAGCGGCGGCGCCUGUGUAUGGCGCUGCGGGGCUGGGCCCGGAGCCACUGGAGGCCAGUCGGCUGGGUCCACCUGCAGCAGCGGCAACGGCAACACGAUGGGGUCACCGUCCGGUGGGGGUCAGCGGUCUGGACAUGGGGCCCGCCGCGGAGGGGCACCAGGCUUCUGCUGCUGUUACCAUGACAGCAUCGGCUGCUGACACCGCCGCAGCGGCCCUAGCGGGCACCUCUCCGGCAGCGGAGGAGAUUUUCGCAACGGCUGCAGCGCCUCACUCCAUGUCCAUUUCCGCCGCCGUCGCCUCCGCCGCCCCCGUCGCAGCUUCUGGUGUCUACACAGAUCCCGCCGCCUCGCCGCCUGCGGCUCCAACCACCAGCGCCGGCGACGCCGAUCCGCAUCUGACAUCAUCUCUCCAGGGCCUGCAUCUGACCCUGCCGUACUUCAGGUCGUACACAGCCGGCCGCGGAUUGCUGAAUCGCAGUGCGGCGCCGAUGGCGUCCACCACCACAGCAGCCGCCGCCUACGCGCCUCCGGCCGGGCACCUGUCGGCUAGCUUCCCAGGAUGGUACGACGUGUACGAGGGUACGGUGCACGGCGGGUGGCCACGGCGACUAGCGCGGCCGUUAGGGCGACAGGACUCCGCACCUGCUGCAGCGCUGCUGACGCGGACGCUGCGGGGCACUGUCAACGAAGCUCCGAAUCCACAAGACGAUAAUGCUGCUGCGGCUGCUGCUGCUGCUGAUGAUGAUGAUGAUAACGAUGAUGACGGUGGUGGUGAUGGUUUAUUCGGAUUUGUGGACUAG